AGUUGUUAUUAAUUCCACACAUUUGCUUGCUGCUCAGUUUUUGUCGAUCGAUGCGAAAUUUUUUGGUUCUUAAUUUUCAUGACUCGCGCGUUCUACCUGCUCUAAGUUUGUUGCUACUCCUUCCCUCUGCUGAAUUAAUUUUAACGUUGAAAAUAAGAUUUUGAGUAAAUUAUAUAUAUGUUACAACAACUUGACAGGUGGGUGCGAUAUAGUUCAAAAACUUAAGAAUUGAACGUCCGAGUGCAACAACUUGACAAGUAGGGGGAAGUGAAAUCAUUCACGGAUGACGGCACGUGAUUUACCAUUACGUUAUUUAGAAGAAAUUACAGAUGGAUUUUCAGACAGCAGAAAAGUUGGGAGUGGUGGGUAUGGAGAAGUUUACAAGGGAGUGGAAAGAGCAGGGACAGAAAUUGCCGUCAAGAAGCUUUAUCAUAUGUCAGGGAUUGAUGAUACACAAUUUAGGAAUGAAUUCAAUAACCUUAUGAAGAUUCAGCAUCCAAAUAUUGUAAGGUUAAUUGGAUAUUGUUAUCAAGUACAUAAAACGCAUAUCGAGCGCAAGGGAGAAUUUGUUUUUUCCAGUAUCAUAUACAGAGUUCUCUGCUUUGAAUAUUUGCAGAAUGGAAGCCUUGACAAGCAUCUAUGUGAAGAAUCUCAUGGACUUGAUUGGUGCACAAGGUACAAAAUAAUCAAAGGGACUUGUGAAGGUUUAUAUUACCUUCAUGAGCGAUUGAAAGAGUCAAUUUAUCAUCUAGACCUUAAACCCGCCAAUAUACUGCUUGAUAAGAACAUGGACCCAAAGAUCGCAGAUUUUGGUUUAUCAAGGCUUUUCGGUGGAACACAAACUCAUACCACCAGGAAUUGCAAAGGCACCGAGUAUUACAUGCCACCGGAGUAUAUACAGAGACGCCAAAUCUCAAAUAAGUAUGAUAUUUUCAGCUUAGGUGUUAUAAUCCUGCAGAUAAUAGCAGGUCCUUUGGGAUAUUCCAAAUGUGAUGACAUGCCCCCCCAACAAUUUAUUGAGCUUGUAUGCAAGAAAUGGAGGGAUAGGAUGGAGGCAACAUCAAACUAUGCAUCAACCGAAGAAGAUUGCCAACGAUUAAAAAGAUGCAUUGAAAUAGCAUUACGUUGCGUGGAGGUGGAGAGAAAGAAUAGACCUAGUAUGCGGGAUAUUAUUCGUGAAUUGAAACAGAUAGACGAAACUAGUAGUUCAAUGUCAUCCUGGAACAAGGUGAGGAUUGCCAAGAUUGGGCAGUGGGGUGGAAUUGGAGGUAAUUAUCGUGAUAUUGAGGUGGCACCCUGCCGUCUAGGAAGCUUGAUGAUCGGUUGUGGUGAAGUCAUCUACUCAAUUGCCUUCUCAUACUACGACUACAAUGGACAGCAGCACAAAGUAGGUCCAUGGGGCGGUGAUGGACCUGAUAAAGGUGUCAACCAUACGAUUCAGUUCAGCCUAUCAGAGUAUCUAACGGGAAUUUCUGGAACAAUCGCUAGCUCACCAUAUGGUGUUAUUAUAACAUCACUUACUUUGGUCACAAAUACCCGUACUUACGGACCUUACGGUCAAGUAGGAGGAACCCCAUUCCAGAUUCCUAUACAAAUUAAAGGCAGCAUUGUUGGUUUCUUUGGACGUGUAGGUUGGUAUGUAGACGCAUUUGGCAUAUAUGUGAACCCUAAUCAGGAUGCAACACACGAAGAUGAGGCUGCGGUUGUUAAGAUUGGGCCAUGGGGUGCAAAUGAAGGGGAGGCACACGACAUCGACGUGUUACCAUGUCGACUUGAAAGUGUGGCAAUAUGUAGUUCUGACUACGUCGAAUCAUUCGGAUUUUCAUAUAGUGACAGGAGCGGGCAUCAGCACACUGCUGGUCCAUGGGGCCGUCCUGGUGGGAAUACUCAUACGGUUCAGCUUGGCUCUUCAGAGUUUCUGAUUGGGUUUUCUGGAACAACCGGUCCAUCCAGUACCCUUGCAAAAGAUGUCGUAACAUCGCUGACUUUGAUCACUAAUGCCCGUAGUUACGGACCUUUCGGUCAAGUAGAAGGAUCUCCUUUCCAGGUUCCAAUGCGUAACAAUGCCAGCAUUAUUGGCUUCUUCGGUCGAGGAGAUCUGUAUGUCAAUGCAAUCGGCGUCUAUAUCAACCCUGAACAAGAAAAGAUCGAACAAGAGGCUGGGAUCACCAAGAUUGGGCCGUGGGGUGGAAAUGGAGGGAAUGCUCAGGACAUCGACAUCACUAUGCAACCCCAACGUCUGGAGAGUAUAACAAUUAGUUGUGGUGCUGUCGUCGACUCACUUGCAUUCACAUAUGCUGACAAGAAUGGGCACAAGCACGCUGCAGGUCCGUGGGGCGGGAAUGGAGGCAGAAUUCAUAAGAUUGAGCUUGGCCCUUCCGAAUUCGUGACGAAAGUAUAUGGUACAAUUGGUCCAUUUGGUAAAUUCUCCAGUGUUAUCACGUCAAUCCACUUUACCACCAAUGCUGAUAGAUAUGGACCUUUUGGACAAGGAACCGGAACUCGUUUCGAGGCUCCAAUGCACAGCGAUGGCAGCAUAGUUGGCUUCUUUGGACGCACCUCGUCGUAUGUUGACGCAAUUGGUUUCUAUGUUGUUCCUGUUUGAGUGUACCUCCAUCAUAUCGACCAUCUGUACCUUCUGUUUUUGGUUGUGUUUAGUUCCUUCCAAAGUUGGAAGUUUGGGUUGAAAUUGGUACGAUGUGACUGAAAAGUUGUGUGUGUAUGAUAGGUUGAUGUGAUGGAAAAAGUUGAAAGUUUGGAUCCAAAGUUUGGAUCUAAACACAGCCAUGACUUUGUGUCAUAGAUGGAUUUUCAUCUCUCCGGGAAUAUUUCUCAUGUGCCUAUACUUCCCAAAUAUAAUACAAACAUCAUAAAUAAGUUUGAACCAA